AUGCCAAGUCUUACCGUGUCCCUCCUGCUCGCGUUCGUAGUCUGGGUUGUGGUCCGCCGCCUGCGCCGACCGCGCUCGCCGCUCGCGGACGUCCCCGGGCCUGAGAGCGACCACUGGCUCAAGGGUACGCUCGUUACAUUCGGAAACUAUGGCAGGAUAUUUCAAGACGGCUGGGACUACAACCUCCAGUUGCAGGAAAAGUACGGCGGGGUCGUGAAGGUCCACGCCUUGCUCGGUGUACGCGACGCUCACAAGCAGCUUUAUGUCUCCGAUCCCCGCGCACUGCACUACAUCGUCGUGAAGGAGCAGCAUAUUUAUACGGAGACGGAUAUGUUCAUCAUGGGAAACAAGCUGAUCUUCGGCGACGGCCUGAUCUCGACGCUCGGCGCGCAGCACAAGAAACAGCGCAAGAUGCUCAACCCCGUCUUCUCCCUCGCGAACAUGCGCGACCUCCUCCCCGUCAUCCAGCCCAUCGCCGACUCGCUCGCGUCCAUCCUCCUCGCGCAGCGGCGAGCAGGACCGCGGGAGAUCAACGUCCUGCCCUGGAUGUCGCGCGGCGCGCUCGAGUACAUCUGCCAGGCGGCGCUCGGGUACUCGUUCAACGCGCUCGACCCGCGCCGCACGAACGCGUACGCAGAGGCGAUCCAGAAGCUCGCACCGUCGGCCCUCCGCCUGAUCUUCAUCCGCCCGUUCGUCCCGCUCUUCCUGCGCACCCGCUUCCCGCUCAAGGCGUUCCAGGACCUGCGGGGCGUCGUGCGCGCCAUGGACGAGGCUAGUCGGCGCAUCUUCCGCGAGAAGAAGGCGCGGCUCGCUGGGGUUGGCCAAGUCAAGGGGGCGGAGGCCGAGGAGGGAGAGAAGGACCUGGGGGACAGGAUGAGGGGGAGGGAUAUCAUGAGCAUCAUGCUGAACGCGAAUAUGUCCUCGGAGGAGAGCGAGCGCUUGUCGGACGAGGAGCUGUUGGGGCAGAUGAGCACGAUCAUCUUCGCGGGCUUCGAGACUACGUCAACGGCCAUCUCGCGCAUCCUGUUCAUCCUCGCGUCCAGGCCGGACGUGCAGCGCAAGCUGCGCUCCGAGAUCCGCGCGGCGAAGCGCGCGUCUGGCAAUCACACCGAGGGGACGCGGUGGGAGGACGUGGGGCUGGGGUACGACGAGCUGAUGGCGGUGCCCUAUCUGGACGCGGUGGUGCGGGAGACGCUCAGGGUGUACCCGCCGACGUCGCUGCUGGCGCGCACGUGCCGACAGGACACCACGCUCCCGCUCGCCCACCCGCCGCCCGCGCGCCCGGAGCUCGCCGCCAUCCCCGUCCCGGCGGGCACGAACGUCAUCAUGUCCCUCCUCUGUGCAAACCACAACAAGGCCGUGUGGGGCGCGGACGCGGACGAGUGGAGGCCUGGACGGUGGCUCACGGAGAAGGGAGAGAGAGUGCCGCUGAGCGACGUGCAGGAGGAGAGCGAGAGCGGGGAGCGGUAUCCGGGGGUGUACGCUAGUAUGAUGACGUUCCUGGGCGGGGGGCGCGCGUGUAUCGGGUUCAAGUUCGCGGAGAUGGAGAUCAAACAAGUCCUCGCGACGCUCCUCUCGCGCAUGGCGUUCGCGCUGCCGUCGCAGCCCGGGAAGACGGUGCGCUGGAAGAUGAACGGGCUGCAGGUGCCCGUGGUGGAGCCGCCGUUUGGCGACGGGGCCACUGCGCAGGUGCCGCUGGAGGUGAGGAGGGUGGCCGCGGGGGAUUUCUUGGAUUAG